AUGGCACGGCGAAUGAACCUACUGAACAUAGAAAAAAACAUUCAGAAUUUAUGGAAGGAACAUAAUGUAUACGAAAAGGAAUUUGUUGAAAACAGUGAGUCGAGGUUUACGGGCACACCGAUCGUUGUGUGUGCUGACAAAUUAACGAACGAGUUAAAAGGAAAAGUGCUCGCAAAUUUCCCAGAGAGUAAUAGAAGCGAGAUUAACGAUGAUAACCUCGUGGGGGAAGCAAACGUUGUUGGCACUCCCCAAUCGGAAGAAGUUCCUGACAAAACGAAGCAAACGGAAAGAACGAACCCCGCAGAAAGAACCAAACCCGCGGACGCAACGGUGUUCAGGUCCAACAAAAGCAAAGUACAAUCAAAAGGAUCCAAACAAAACACGCAGUACGAAAUUAUGAAGCAAAUGGAUAUAAGCGACGAAGAAAUUCACCUCUUUCAGAAGCCACAAUAUUGGUGCUAUUAUUUUUCCUCCAAAGCAAAGGAGCAUUUAAGUUCUUUGGGCCUUUUUUGUGACUGGAGGAGAUCGUUCAUCACGACCAACAUGAAUCCCUACUACGACAAGUUUGUUAAUUGGCAUUUCAACACCCUUUACAAGAAGAACCUAAUUUAUUACGGAAGCAGAAUCACCAUCUUCAGCCGAGUGAACAACCAGGCAUGUGCAGAUCAUGAGAGGUCAGAAGGAGAAGGAGUCAAGUGUCAGGAAUUUACACUCAUCAAAAUAUAUGUACAUGAUUACAAAGAGUUUUAUGAAAUUUAUUUAAAAAAUGUGAAUAGAAGUACUUCUCCUUCUUCCCCGUCAUCUCAAAAGGAAGACGAUUUUUUAAAGACUAACAUUAUGAAUGAAAACUUGUUCAGCCAAAAAAAAAUUGUCCUUCUUGCUAGUACCUUAAAACCAGAGACAGCUUAUGGACAAAAUUACACCUUCGUCAACCCUAGUGAGUAUUACUAUGUCACAUUAGGGUUCAACAAACAGAGGCUUCACUAUGGGGACAAGAAUUAUGUGAACAAUGUCAUGUCAAGGGAAGAGAUCAUCGAUUCGUGUGAAAAUAUUUACAUAUGCUCAGAGAAUAGCUUGUACAAUUUGGCCUACCAGGGCGUAAUACCGAUGUUGUUAAGGGGCUCUCAGGGGGCGCCCAAGUCGACCGGUCAGGUGAGCGGCCAGGUUAGCGGCCAGGUUAGCGGCCAAGUUAGCGGCCAGGUUAGCGGCCAAGUUAGCGGCCAGGUUAGCGGCCAAGUUAGCGGCCAGGUUAGCGGCCAGGUUAGCAACCAAGUUAGCGGCCAAGUUAGCGGCCAAGUUAGCGGCCAGGUGAGUGAUCUGGUGAGUGGCCACCCCGCCGAGGCGCCCAACUCGCACAGUGCCAAACACACCCGAGGUGGAGAAGACGUCCUACCCCCCCUUGGCGAUCUCUUCAUCUUAAUGAAAAUCAAAGGAGAAGACCUCGUCGGGUUAAGGACCUACUCAAACUUAUCCCCAAAUAAAAAUUUGUAUAUUCUCCCCAUGACUACCAUCAAAAUGAAUAUCGCUACAGCCAUCGUCCCAUGUGUAUCCAGCGAUAGUGCAGAUGACUAUGCCUGUCUGCAGGAUAUAAAAAGGAAGCAAGCAUACUACUGUGAAAAGUACAAUCUUAACGAGGAGUGCUUGUAUAAUGAAAGUACAUCUUGCAUUCAAUUGCCAGACAUCGGGGACAACACUGGGAAGUUUUUUUACGAAUUGGAAAAAAUAUCAUCAUAUAAGGAUGCCAAGCUACAGAAGGUUAAAGAAAUCUUAUAUAAAAAACAGUAUUUUGAAGGCACCAUGACUGUGGAACCAUAUCGGGGUAUGAAGAUAUAUAACUGCAGGAAGUUGGUCAAACAGUACAUAGUAAAGAAUAACGAGGGCUUUCUGUAUAGCGAACCGGAGGUACUAGUUAUCGAUAGGAACAACGUCAAAUGUAUCGCUGCUUUGUGCAACCAAUGGUAUAUCAACUAUGGCAACUUAGAUUUUAAAAAGGACGUACUCAUUCAGAUGAAGAAGAAUAACUUCCAAACGUACAACGAAGUUCUGCAGAAGCAACUGCAACAUGUGAUUUUUUGGCUUGACGACUGGUCCUGCAGUAGGGCCUAUGGGCUUGGCACGCUAAUGCCCGAUUUUAAUGCGCUGCAGCGGGGGGGAAGCGGGGAAGGAGACCCAAAAGGGGGUAGCGACCCCAAACCGGGUAGCGACCCCAAACCGGGUAGCGACGGCGCUGCCCAACUUAGCAGCGAAGGGCUCGCCCAGCCUGGCGCCGACUCAGAGAAGGAGCUCAUCGAAAGCCUGUCAGACUCGACCAUCUACAUGGCGUACUACACGAUUAGCCACUUCCUGCAGAGCAACGUGGACGGAAGCGAGCGCGGCCUCCUCGAUAUCGACGCAGCGGAUCUUAACGAUGCCUUCUUCGAUUACGUCUUCGACAUUAGUGAUGACAUGGAAAAAAUCAGCAAAAAUAUCAGCAUGGAGAAACUACAAAGAAUGAGAAGGGAGUUCCAGUACUGGUACCCAUUCGAUGUGAGAAUAUCAGGCAAAGAUUUAAUUUUUAACCAUUUGACAAUGACUCUAUUUAACCACGUAGCAAUUUGGGGUAAAAAAAAAUACAACAAUAAGCAGAAGGAGACGAAUGAUGAGAAAAGCAUCCUAGAGCGACAAGGAGAAAUACUGAACGAAAUUGAUCAGCUCGAUCUAGAUGCACACGAAACGGUGAAAUAUUUUCCCAAAUCAUUUUUCUGUAACGGACAUGUGCUAGUUAAUAAAGAAAAAAUGUCCAAAAGUAAGGGUAAUUUUAUUACCCUCAAGCAGAGUAUAAACCUUUACACAAGUGACGGAACAAGGAUAGCAUUGGCAGAUGCAGGAGACUCAAUCGAAGAUGCAAACUUUAACACAGAUACUGCAAAUAGUGCUAUCAUGAAGCUAUAUAAUUUGAUAAACUUUUGCAUCGAGACGAAAAAUAAUGUGUAUAUCUUUCGAUGUGGAGAGAGAACGUUUAUUGAUUCGAUAUUCGAAAAUGAAAUUAAUUACCUGACCAAUAAAUGCAAGGAGUCUUAUGAGAAGCUUCUCUUUAGGGAUGUCCUCAAGUAUGGCUUCUACGACAUGCUUCUGAAAAGGGAUACGUAUCGAAUUAUGUGUGAUAAAAUCCACAUGCACAAAGAGACAGUGAAUUUUUUUAUAGAAAGGAUUUGUCUCAUCAUCAACCCGCUGAUACCUCAUGUCACGGAGCAUAUUUGGACUUACAUUUUGAAGAAGGAGGAUUUUCUCGUUAACCAAAAGUGGCCCUCCUCUGACAACACCAGCUACUCCAUCGUCAUGCAUAAGCAGUACAAUAACCUACUCAACGUUGUAGAAAUUUUUAGGAAGUCCUACGAUAAGGUUAUCAACAAGAACAACAAGCAGAAGGGCGCCAAGGGUAGCGGAGGCGGAAGCGGAAGCGGGGAGAAGCGCGCGCCAGACGAGGCGGGGGCGAAAGUCGCGGCAGGAACGGCCAACCAGGGAGGAGCAGCCGACGAACAGAAGGAAGAAGCGUACAAGGAGGACGACGACGAGGGAACGAAAUUUAAAGCCAUCGUCUACGUUGCGAAGGAGUACAACGAUACGCAAAAAAAAAUCAUCGAAAUUCUUAACAGAAUUAUUAACAACAGUGAGGGUAAGAAGCUACCCAGUAACUACAUCAAUCUGUUGGUACAAAACGAUUAUGUAAAUAAGUUGCCAAAAAAUGAGAAGAAGGAAAUUUUAAGCUUCGCCACCUUCCUAGUCAAGGACAACGUCACACUCAACAACAACCAGUACGAGCUAAGUCUCCCCUAUGACGAAAUACAACUCAUAAAGAACAACGUAGAAUUUAUUAGGAGGAGCCUAAACCUUGGCGACAUCCAAAUCAUGGAAAAUACCAAUAAGUAUCCCAUUGACGAUACAGAUAUUUACAAGCUAGCCAACCCGGGAAAUCCUUCCAUUUUUAUGUACACCACGGAGUCGUGA